AUUGAAGAUCGCCACGGAUUUCCUACGCACGACUUCCCAUAGUCGCCAGCCGAGUGCAAGUUGACCGACGUACUGCUGGAAGGAACGCGACUUCCACUAGAAGCACAAGCACAAGCAGCAUGCUCAGCCUUCGCAGCGACACGGCGCGACGCCGUCCGGAUCUUGCCAAAAUGUGCUGGAGCUGCGCUCUGAAACAGCAGAGAUGGUCUUCGGUCGCUCGCCCUACCACCCAACCUAACACAACCCGCAUAACCUCCCGCCGCAUACCGUCAUCCUCACGGCCGCCUCGCAACGCUUUCUUCUCAUAUUCCCGCUCGCAACAGCGCUUCACGCUCGACUCUACCUCGGACUCGCCCGUAUACAACCCUGCAAUAGAAUCCCUCGAUCGACUAGAACCUCUCGAUACUCCUCGAAGCGGAGGUAUAAGAGAUCAACUGCGGAAGUGGCACGAAGAGCAUGGUCACGACAAAAGCAACGUCGUACACGAUCAUGAUGUCAAUGCCUUGGGCGAAACCACAAACAACUUCACCCGCUUGUCUGACGUAGACAACCUCCGUCGUCCCCACGAAAGUCUCGAGAACGAUCGCGACGAUACCUCCCAGUUAAUACAGGCCCAUCCUGCUGAUCUCGAGCACUGGGAUCCAAACCAUCGUUUUUUGCGGAGGGGAGACAUGGUUGUGCUUGACUUUCCCCGUAGCGAAAGAGAGCCUUUGCUUGCCAUAUUCGUGCGAAGAGUCGGCCGUCCUCUGCAGUCUCAAUUCUACACCAUCCAAGGAAAAUGGCUUCAUGCCACCGAAAGGAAUGUCCAACACGCUGUCUUGUCCUUCGUGGAUUCAAGCCUUGUCGACCCCAUCAUUCCACAUCUUCCUGACGAGGGAAUCACUGAGGAUCUGCUGGACAGAGCCCAAAUGUUUGAUUUGAGUGUGCCGAGACACGUCUCUGCGCCUUUAGUCACCCGCAUGCUCGACUUUCAAAGAAAGAGCGACGAAAUCUAUCGCCAAAAUGCAACGACUCUUGACAAUGCCCAUCACUUACUAGCUCACCCUACUGACCUGAAAUUUGGCACUCUCGACCUCAUCGCCUCCAGACUUUUGGGAAAGGAGAAGAACGAUUCCUUGACCCAGGAAAAGAUCUACGCUGUGCGCAAUGCUCUCACGCGGGGAGGCUUUGCCUUUGGCCAUGACCGUAGAAGCCAUCGUCUGACAGGCUUCAUCCAAAUUAGAUCCAAAGAGCAGGUGGCGAAUGUCGAAAAGAUUCGAAAUUGGCUUAGAUCGUGGCAGGACGAUCUGGCCAUUUUUGCGGCGGGCAAAGAUGCAACUCAUCAGUUCUCACGAUCUGGUCAACACGUUGUCAACUUUAUUCACAAAGCACAAUCACUAAUCAGAAAGAGCCGUCAAUUGCGCGACGUCACUCCGUAUGGUCGGGUGGGACCUAGCAAGAAACGCUUUGAUAUCAACAAACAAGAUGUUGUUCAAUACGAAUACACAGAAGCAUUUGACGAUUCUGACCGCGAGCUGAUCAAAUUCAUGGAGGCAUGGACGUGCUCUGGCUUGUUCCUCGGUCUUCCUCGUGUAGAGGCUCUACCCCCUCUUAUCCUUCAGGCAACUGGCAUGUACGAAGAACACAACAUGGACCCCAAGACUGGUUUCACCUUUUUGCAAGAGAUUGGUGUCUUGACUCCUCACGAAAACCGGGUCCGUUUUGAUUCCCACCUGCUUCUGCCUUCUUCACAACAUUCCAAACCACUAGAGCAGCUUAUGACCAAGAUUAUGGAGAUGAACAACAACCAUGGAUUCGUAGACUCAAUGGCGCAUUUGCGUAAGGACUGGGGCGACCUUCCCGUUUUUUGUAUCGAUGGAGAAGGUGCACAUGAGAUUGAUGAUGGCGUAUCUGUGGAAGAUGCUGGAGAGGGUGAACAUUGGGUUCACGUCCACAUUGCCAAUCCCACCGCUUUCUUCGAACACGACAAUCCUCUCGCUAAGAUGGCGCGACACAUGACCGAGACCAUCUACAUGCCGGAGCGUGCUUUCGUCAUGCUGCCCAGAUGGUCAACGAAGAAGCACUUCAGUCUGCAAGCAAACCGCCCUUGUUUGACCUUCAGUGCUAGGAUGAAUUUGCAAGGCGAGACGUUGGAGCACAAAAUCCAACCUGGCUUCAUCCGGAACGUCAAAUUCAUAACCCCUGCGGAGGCGUCUCGACUUGUUGGUGUCGACGCUGGUGUACGUCCCGACGUCACGCUUAGAGUUGGUGGAGACCCUCCCCAUCGUACACCAAAAAAGACCGGCAACAAUCUACUCACACAUGAGAUAGACAUGCUGAAGAAAAUGCAGAUGCUUGCAGAAAGACGUCAAGCAAACCGUCGUUCGGCUGGAGGUCUCUUCUUAGCUUCGAAUCAGCCCGACUUUACCAUCUGGCAACAGAAAAAUAACCCAGGACUCGGAUGGGAACAUCCGUCUAGAACAAGAGCACGUUACGUGCAAGGCGAUCCUAUCAUUGAGUACCGUACCAAAGAAUUAACCUCGUGGUUCUCUACAGGUGAGGAUGUCUCUGAUAUCCUUGUCCGUGAACUCAUGCUUCUAGCAUGCGAGAUCGGUGCGACAUGGUGCGCGGAGAGAAACAUACCCCUCAUCUAUCGCGGAACUGUGGACAGUCCUGACAUCAAGGAUGCGAAGGUAUACUACAACGAGGUUCUAGCACCAGCCACAGAGAAGAACAACGGCGAAGCUCCUAUGCAUCUGGCCAUUGAAUAUCUUCGAAACUCUGGUUCUACUAUUCUCACAACCAAGCCAUUGCACCACCGUGUCUUGGGUCUUCAGUCCUACAGCAAAGCCACAUCACCGCUUCGUAGAUAUGGUGAUAUGGUCCUUCAUUGGCAGGUUGAAGCAGCCUUGCGUGAAGAAGCCAAAGCGGGCCAAAAACUCGACUUCGGAGGCAAGAAUCAGUCCAUGUUGCCCUUCUCCAAUGGCGCUAUCAGCACAAUGGCAACUGGACUUCAACCUCGUGAAUCCAUGAUCCGUCGUGCGACUAUUUACGCAGAGCAGCACUGGCUGUGCUCGCUUUUCUUCCGCGCUCAUUACUACAAUGAGUGUGAGCUGCCGUCCAAGCUCCAUGCUUAUAUUCAUAUGAUGCCUGUGUCCCAAAGAACAGAUUUGCCCAUUCUUAUCAAGGAGUACAGCGCUUCUGGUAACAUGCUGAUGCCAGAAGCGUACGGUCUUGGGCAGGCCAAAGCAGGCGAUACUUGGGAAUGCGUGAUUGAACAGGUCAUGUGUUUUGAGCGAAACAUUCAGCUUAGACCUGUGCGUCUGGUCGACCGCUGGCAAGGAUAGAUUGGUGAGACAUAUUCACGUGCAAGUAUGAAGGAAAUGCUACAUGUAACCGAAUACGUGAAUGAUAGUUUGGAUGCUUGGAUAGUCACCUGACAAAAUGUCUAUAUCCCUCCUUUUUGAAACAAUGACGUUACGCC